AUGUCCUUCACGGAUUCAGGAAAAAAAGCCAUCGGAUGGGAAAAGGGAUUUACAUGGGGACUAUGGUUUUAUAAAACAGAAUAUGAUGAUGGGCUGUUGUUUACCAUCAGACUCAAAAUAGAAACCCAGUAUACUGCCAUAGGCCCAAAUAAAUACCUAGUUCCAGGGGUCAAACCAAAGACUACCCCAGCACCCCCGGGUACCCAACCAGAGUCCUCAGUCCCCACUGCAGGGACAGAGGCAGCAGCACCAAAGGAAAUAACUCAGCCCCCUGAGCCUAGGCCUCAAAAACAACCUGGGUUAUUCCGCUUAAUUUCAGAAGCCUUCAAGGUCUUAAAUAGUACCAACCCCAAUGCUACCCACUCCUGCUGGCUUUGUUAUAAUGUUGCUCCCCCAUAUUAUGAAGGAAUAGCCUUCAGAAAUGGAAUUAAUACUACAACUGAUGUCUCCAACUGUCGUUGGCAGCAACGACAGGACUGGCCUCACCAUUUCCUGGCAUCUGGCCCAGUAUGGCACCCAUGUAGUCACCAGCAGCAGAAUGUGGACCGGGCCAUGGCCGUGCUGCAGGAGGAGGGGCUGAGCGUGACAGGCACCAAGUGCCACGUGGAGAAGGCUGAGGACCAGGAGUGGCUGGUGGCCAAGGCCCUGGAGUGCUGUGGGGGUACCGACUUCCUCGUGUGCGUGGCAGGGUUCAAUCCCUUGGCGGAGAGCACUCAGGGUGCCAGUGAACAGGUCUGGGACAAGGUCUUGAACGUGAAGGCCCCGGCCCCGCUGAGCCAGGUGCUGCCUCACAUGGAGAACAGGGGGCAAGGUUCAGUGGUCCCGGUCUCCUCAUUUGCAGCCUACACUCUACCUGCUGUUAAGGUCUACAGUGUUAGUAAAACAGCAGUGCUGGGCCUCACCAAGACCCUGGCAGUGAAAUUGGCACCAAAGAACAUCCAGAUGAACUGCCUCAUACAAGGAGCCACCAACACAGACUUCGGCCAAAUGGCAGCUUGUGACUCAGCCUUAUGGGACCAUCUGAAGGAACUCUAUGGGAUACAGAGACUGGGGCGACCUGAGGACUGUGCAGGACUUGCGUCUUUCCUGUACUCUCCAGAUGCCAGCUACAUCACUGGGGAGAACAUUGUGGUGGCCAGCUAUUCCUCUCACCUCUGA